ACAACAUCUUCCUCACGAAGGAGAUCGUCUCUCCCAAGAUCGUGAACAAGGACCUCUUCAAAUCGGCGACCUAUGCCCCGAGUAAGUCUAUGUUCCUUCAGCAAGGAUUGCUUCGUUUCAUUCAUUUGACGUAUGAAUUUUUCUGUCCAAAUAUUAUACGUCAAUUUUAUGCAAAUCUUCGUACCACUAAGGGAGGUUCGCCAUCUCUCAUUUCCUAUGUUGACGGCAAAACCGUUUUCAUUGACGGUGCCGGUUUGACUUCUUUGUUUGGCCUUUGUCAUGGUGAAAUUACCGAAAACUUGGAUGAAACAUUCCAAGAUGAGGCAAUAUGGCGACAACUCGGGUUAGAUCAUCGUGACCUCAAGUUUAGAAACUCUAGCAACCCGAGUGUCGUAAAUCUCACUUUAAUUCAACGCGUCCAACAAUACAUUUUCUCAUAUGUUUUGUUGUCCCGUGAUUCGAACCAUGGCGUCGUCAACAAGGACGAUAUUCGUUUGUUUCACGUCCUGUUGAACGAUGUCAAAUUUGAUUGGGCUCACUUCUUUAUCGUUGCACUUAGCGAUGGCACUCGCUUUUCCCAUCUCCGUUUUGCCAUCCCCAUUAUGCAUAUCCUUGCUCAUUGCAAAGUAGACCUUACUCGGGACACUCAGGUGCCGGUUAAGAAGACGGGUUUCAUCACUGAAGCCAAGUUUUCCCGGAUCGUGUAUCGAGAGGAGGGCGAUGCUGCACCAAAUCUGGACUUGAUCGUCGCCGAAGAAGAAGAAGAAAGCCAAAACGAGAAUCAAGCUGAGUCAUCUCAAGCCGGAGGUAGUCGAGCCACGGAGCGCGUCACUCGUCAACGGAGGACUCGUCCGAGAGAAGAAGCACCGGAACCAUCUUGGGUGAAGAAGAUCUUCGAUACUCUCACGUGCAUCCGAGAUGACGUUCGCCAGCUCAACGAGAGGAUGACUCGUCUUGAGCAAUCUCGCUCCUACCGUGGCCCGCGUCACAGCUUCAGCGGAGGAGCUCGUCCGGCGAACUCUCUUUGAUUAUUUUCUCUUC